AUGUCCAAUUAUCCAGAACAAAAUGAACCACCACCAGAUGUUGGUCAUGAUGAUGAUGACAAUAAUACUAAUACGAAAAAUGAUGACUCAAUGUUUGUAUCAGCUAUAUCACCAGCAACAGUUGAUGUAUCAUUAAGUGGUGGUGAAGAUGAUGAUGAAAACCCAUUUGGAUCAUCUACAACGAGAGAAAAAACACCAACAAAUACAACAAAUACUGUUGAAUCAUAUGUUGAUAAUGAAAAGAAUUUAUUUCAACCAGAUAAAAAAACGGUUAAAGUUGAUGAAGAGGAUAAAGAUUUAUUUGGAGAGGAAAAUACAAGCUAUAAUCAACAACCAUCUGAUUCACCUUCAGUACCUAUUGUUGUACCAGAAAAACAACCAUCAACACCGCCACCAACACCAAUAAAACAGGAGACUUCAUUAUAUUCAACUGACUCAAGCGUGAAUGCAGGACAACCUCUACAAGCAAAUGUACCGUUUGAAAGUCAGCUUUCAUCAUCGACACCAACAUUGAAGAGUGUUCUAAGUGAACCAUCAACAGACAGUAAACCAGUACAAAAACGUUCGCAUGAAAAUAAUAUUGAAAUUACUGUUAGUGAUCCUACAAAAGUUGGAGAUGGUAUGUCAUCAUAUUUAACUUAUCGUAUAACAACAAAAACAACAUUACCAAUGUUCAAAAAAUCGGAGUUUUCAGUUCAACGACGUUUUAGUGAUUUUCUUGGUUUACAUGCUAAACUUGUUCAUAAACAUUUACAUGUCGGUGUUAUAAUUCCAUCACCACCUGAAAAAGAUUCUAUAUCAAUGGCAAAAGUUAAAAUAUCUAAAGAUGAAUCUAUACCAACAGAUUUUAUUGAUCGACGUCGUGCAUUAUUAGAACGUUAUUUAAAUCGUUUAGUACGACAUGAUAAAUUAAUUGAAGAUUCUGAUGUACGAGAAUUUAUUGAAAUGCCUAGUGAAUUACCUAAAUCAACAAAUACACAAGCAUUAAGUGGUGCUGGUGUUUUACGUGCAUUAACAAAUAUAUCAAAUCAAGUUACAAAAAUAACAACAAAAAAAACUGAACAAGAUCAAUGGUUUGAAGAAAAACAUAUAUUUAUCGAUGAUUUACAUAAACAUUUAAAAAAUUUAUAUAAUCAAUUUAAUACGUUAUUUUCACAACGUAAAGAAGCUGGACAUGCAUUAAAAAUUUUUUCAAUAUCUCUUAAUCAUUUAGCUACAACUGAAGAACAUCCAUUAUUAUCAAGUGCAUUAAUAGAAUUAGCUAAUCUUGAAGAAAAAUUAGAUCAAGUUCAUAAUGAACAAGCUUUACAAGAAUAUUCAAUACUAACUGAAUUAAUAAAAGAAUAUGUUUCAUUAUUAGAAAUGGUUCAAUUAGCGUUUCAUGAACGUAUUAAAGUACAUCAACAAUGGUUAAAUGCUGAAGAAACAUUAAAAAAAAAACGUGAAACAAAAACAAAAUUAGAACAAUCACCAAAAAGUGCUGAUAAAUUACCACAAGCGGAAAUGGAAAUACGUGACUGGGUAGGUAAAGUUGAUCGUGGUAAAGAAGAUUUUGAAAAGAUAUCAACAACAAUUAAACAAGAAAUGGAUGUAUUUGAACAAACACGUAUUGAUGAUUUUAAAAAAGCAGUUGAUAGUUAUUUAAAUGAUUUAUUAGAAGAACAAAAUAAAAUUUUACAAAUUUGGGAAGGUUAUUUACCUGAAGCAAAUAAAAUUAUUGUGUGA